UCUUUCAAACAUAUAUUCAUAUUCAGUUCAAGUGAAGUAAUAAUAUUAAAAUGAAAACCGUUGGAAAAUUAUACAUGUCCAAAACUAGUCCGGCUGUGCGCUCGGUUUUAUUCACGGUAAAAGCACUUGGAAUAUCACUGGAAUACAUCAAUUUAGACAUGAAACAAGGAGAACAUUUAAAACCAGACUUUAUCAAAAUAAAUCCUCAACACACUGUGCCAACAUAUGUGGAUGAUGACGGCACAAUUGUUUGGGAUAGUCAUGCAAUCAUGUCAUUUCUAGUCGAAAAACACUCCAACCCCAAUGAAGCAAACACUUUGUAUCCGGCCAACUUGGCCCAACGUGCAGUUAUCAAUCAACGCCUGUUUUUUGAAGCCAGUGUUGUGUAUCCAACUUUACGCGGGAUUGUUCUACCGCUGGUGCAACAAAAACUUAAAACACCAUCAACAGAAGCGCUGCAAGAAGCUCAAACGGUUUAUGAUUUCUUAGAAGUUUUCCUUGCUGAUCACAAGUUUUUAGCCGGACAAAAUUUAACUAUAGCGGACUUCAGUAUCAUCACUACUUUGACAGCGUUGGAUUACUUCGUGCCGAUAGAUGAAGCAAAACAUCCGAAAGUUGCAAAAUGGGUCAAUAGUUGCAAAGAAUUGCCUUAUUAUAACGAGGCUAAUGAGGGACUACAGCAGUUUAAGGAGUUUAUUCAAGGUUUAACUGGAGCAUCUUGAGAUCUUUCCAAGUUUAAUACGACGUAGAAGAAUCAUUACUUAAUUUCAAUUGUAGAUGCCAAAAAUAAAUGUAAAAUGUAUUAAAUAAUUACUGUAUUUAUAUAGGCAACUUCUUAUACUGUUCCAUUAAAAUAGUUUUUGCCAUCGCUGUAAAUAUAAAGAAGUAAAAAUUA